AUGACAAGUCCUGUAUAUGUGGCGCCAUCUUUAUCUGAUAUUCUUCCAAGUGUAGUGUUUCCCCAGAAUCUUCCGUCUGUCAUCUGCAGUCAUGUGUUGGAUCCUCAGCCAAACAACCGUGUGCUGGACAUGUGUGCUGCUCCAGGGGGUAAAACCACACACAUUGCCACUCUGAUGAGAGACCAGGGUCUGGUGAUAGCUUUUGACAAGGGACAGGGCAGAGUAGAGAGAAUACAGUCCAAUGCUUCCAAGUGGAACCUGAAGUCUGUCAGGGCAUUUCCUUAUGAUGCUACCAAGAGCUGUGCAAUAGAUGCAGAUGGUGAUCCUUUCCCUCCAUUUCCCCCUGAAUAUUUUGACCGUGUUCUCCUUGACGCACCUUGCAGUGGUUUGGGGCAGAAGCCGUCCGUGUUCAACAAAAUGUCUGCCAGAGAACUAAGCUCAUAUCCUCCAUUACAGAGGAAACUUCUGGCUCAGGUAAUGGUGGAGAAAUAA